UCGCGGAGAAACCUGUGAAAAUACACAAGAAAAAUACUUAGCAGUCAAACAUAGACACUCCUUCUUUUCGAUUUAGAAAUCUUAAAAAUAUAUAGUUCCAACAAGCCACGCAUUCUUUAACAGGAUGACAGUUCCACAUCACCAUCACCCAAUAAACUUCACAAGAGUCCGUGGGGCAAGAUGCGGGACAUCAUUCAGACACGUCGCGAAUCAGUAAAGAAGAAGGGGAGAGGAUCAAAGAGCUCCCCAGACGUGGUCCCAGCCAGGAGACGCUCUUUCAGCGAUGGAGGAGACAGUGAUGCUCCACCCGCACUUACUCUUACUAUUCCAUCUUCUGAAGAGUUAGAAUCGGAGCCAUCACACCCUCUGUUGCGAAAGCAGCGUUCACUAGAGCUGGGUGCGAGACCUCCACAGCAUCGACCGCCUCGUGCUUCCAAGUGGACGAAGGUCAAGAGAGCCUUCCUCACCUCCGCCUCUGUAUCUGUGCCGUCCAGUCCCAGCAGACACUCCGCAUUCUUCACUGACGCAGGUAAAAAAUUAUAUUUAUUCCCUUCGUAAAUAGUUGCGUAACAACUCGAAAUAAUAUUUUCCUGAAGCACUUUAUCUACAUUUUUUGUAAUGUCAGCAGUCUCUCAAAAAGAUUACGUCAUCUGACAGUGCUUAUUCAGUAACAUACUAUUGCAUAAAAUGUUUAAAAAAGUGAAUAGCAAAAAUACUGGUUCUGUGCGAAUUGGCGUGUAUUAGUCCCCGAGGAAUGAAGAUGCUCUUGGAAUCUUUUUUUGGUCAUACAUUUAAUGAAGUACCAUUUUAUAAACUAAAGUACCUAAUAUCAUAUUUUACUGCACAACUGAAUAUUAUUCAUGACUCACAUGAAAUAAGUUUCUUCCGAAUAUGACUGGCGAAUAGCCAACACCGGCGCAUAAGCACAAUGCUUUUCAGAAAUUCUUUAGAUUCUUCAAACCAAUUACGUGUUGCUUGUCUGGAAUAUCGUUAUAAUUUUUGGAUCCCACUUUCAGGUCCGUUUUAUUGUCAUUUUAUAUUGUUUAUAAUAAACAAAAUAUGCAAGAAUAAAUAAGAAACAAAUAUUUAAUCUCAUAAAAUUGAGAAAAAAUAUAUAUGACGUCAUAAUCUAG